AUGGCGGUCUAUGCAUACCCAUACGGCAUGCCUGUGCAGCCUCAAUACGCCCAUCAAAUCGCUUACGCACCAGGAGCCAUUGGUGUGCAGGCUGUCAUCGCAGCCGAGCCAGCUCCAGCAAAGAAGAAGUCCAAGAAGGCCGAGUCCGCACCUCCCUCUCCACCACCAGCUCCUUCUGAAGCAAGCUCUGCUGCGAAGACGCUCUGCAAAGGCAAGGGCUGGAAGGUUGUGGGCAAAGGCGACAAGGACAAGACGUACACAAUUGAGGUCCCACCUCCUCCACCAAAGUCAUGCCCACCAAAGAAAAUCAAGAUCACCGUCCCACCACCUCCUCCAGCAGCUUCUGCUCCCAAGAAGAUCAAGAUCAGAAUCCCUCCACCACCACCCUGCUCCACAAUCUGCCCCAGUGACUCCAUCUCCUCACACUCCAGCGGCAGCGGCAGCGGCACCAGUUCUGGCAGCUCCUCCAAGAAGACCGAAAUCACAGUCUGCAGCAAAGCCCCCUCUGGUCUCAAACUCCGCGGCGGUGGAGGAGAAGACUCCACAGUCGCAGCAAGCUCAGCACCACCCGCCACCAAAGCCGGCGGCUGCCCGACCCUCGCUCCAGGCGUGAAUUAUAUGUUUCCUUCCAAGAAAUCUCACACGAAAUUGCACGUUUUCAAUAAGUGCAGUCCUAUCUGGGAGGACAAGUACAAGGGCAAACAGCUGGCGUUCAAGAUUUUCAAGGUCUCGACUGGGUUUUCGGUGAGGAAUGUUAUUGAGAGGGUGUUGGGGAAGGAUGAGGGGGAUAAGGAGGGGUGUGGGAAGUGGGCUGCUACGGAGUGUCAUGAGGUUGGUGAGGGGGCGUGGAAGAAGGGCACUACGAUUCCAUAUUCGGAUGACAAGGCAGCUGGUUCAUUGGCGAGUAUGGGAUGGGAUCAGAAGCGUGGACAUGAGCGUCCACCGGUUUGGUUGGUUGUACACAAGGCUUGA